AUGAGUCUGGAGGAUACACUAGCUAACAUGUCGUUGUACGACGCCAAAAAGUACUUCCGUAAAGCUCAAAAUGUCAUGUAUAACUAUACGGACAUGGAAGGUAAAGUGCGUGAAGCCACUAACAACGAGCCCUGGGGUGCGUCAUCGACUUUAAUGGAGCAGAUUGCACAAGGGACGUACAACAUCAGGGAACGAGAAGAGAUUCUGGGGAUGGUGUUCAGACGGUUCACGGAGAAGGCUGGCAGUGAGUGGAGACAGAUCUACAAGGCGUUGCAACUGCUGGAUUACUUGAUCCGUCAUGGGUCUGAACGGUUUAUUGAUGAUGUUCGUAGUAGUAUCAGGUUGCUGGAGUUGUUGGAGACGUUCCAUUAUGUGGACUCUGAAGGCAGGGACCAAGGGAUCAAUGUGAGGAAUCGGACUCAGGAGAUUGUUCAACUGUUACAGGAUGAUUCAAGGGUCAGGUCAGAAAGGAAGAAAGCUCGUGAGACCACAAAGAAGUACAAAGGAGUUGCUGGUGGGUCUGUCGACACGAGCAUGAACCCCUCGGCAGGGUUCAAUAAGUCGCAUGGUACUGGGAUAAGUGUGAGUGCGGAUUUCGGUCAUCAUAGUGACGAUGAUGAUGAUGUACCAUAUCGUGGAAGGUCUACCACUUCGCAGGAACUGUUUUCCUUUGGAGACCAGCCAUCGACGGUAUCGGCACCAGCACCAGCUGAAGACGACGACGAAGACGAAGACGACGAAUUUUCAGAAUUCCAAUCUGCUACACCGGUUGCCAACACUGCAAGGCCACCUGCAUUAACGUCGUCGUUGCUCGAUUUCACUAGCAGCAGCGACAAUAAUAACACAAGCAGCCAUGCCACAGAAGUCGUCAUUCCUGCCAUCACUACAGCCAACGAAUCCAAGAAAUCCGAUCCGUUUAGUUCGUUGUUCAACAAUGCAAAGACCGAGAAACCAAUGCCAGCCACUCCUUCUGCUACAAAUGAUGACGACGACGAGGAGGAUCUGUUUGGAGAGAUGACAUCUGCGCCAACGACAGCUCCAGCUCCAGCUCCCGCAACAAAUAACGAAGAUCUCCUAGACUUGAUCUAG